AGGUGGCGAUAAUCAAUAUUAGUUACCGGAGUUCUGAGCAUUUGACAAUAAAACAAAAACAAACUUGGCUAAUAAUUUACACAUUUACGAUUAUCCGAAGCUUCUCAGCUUAUGUGUUAAAGUCCAAGUUUAACAUUUUAUAGGCUCUGAAACGGAUAUUCUUUUCACUUGGGAAACAGCGUUCACUGACCUCGUUGGGCUGCAAGGAAACAACAAUGGAGAAUGAUGGGAAAGAGAGUGCAGAAGAAGCUAAACAGUCAUUUCCUCGUACGCAACAGCUGUGCCGCUUCUUCUCUCAAGGACGACGUUGCAAUUUUGGCAAUAAGUGUAAAUUCUUACACGUAAGAGAGCUUAAAGCUGACAAGGCACUGAACCAGUCUGAUGCUACAAUAUCAGACUCUCAGGGUCAACAUGAGGAGCACAAACUGCCGGUUUCCCAUAACCCCAGGAUUGCCCAAGCAGCCGCCCGCCGCCCCUGUCGCUACUUUCUGUCAGGGUACUGCAGCAUGGAGGACAGAUGUCGCUUCUGGCACCCACAGGAGAUACUGGAUAACGUGCCUGUUGCUGGUAAUCACAAUAAAGCUGCACAGAGUUUCCCCCAAGUGUCUCGUCCCAGUGGCCCCCAGGAGGUGAAGCUCUGCAACGUGACUGAGGAUGUAGCCAAGCAGUUGAGAGAAACUGAGAUCAGGCAGCUGAAGAAACGCUUCCCCAAAGACCAGCUCAUUAUUCAGGAAAGGAGUGAUGGCAAAGUAACCUAUUACAGGGUGACUGUGGAGGCCACAGAUCCAGACUGGCCUUUUGAUCUGAAAGAAAUUGAUGUAAUGGUGAGCUUUCCAGACAACUACCCCCUGGAGAUUUUUACCUUGGACAUACCGUUAGACCAGGACCUCCCACCAUUAAUGGCAAAACAUGUACAACAAGCAUCCAUUGAGUGGCUUCAAGCUAAACACGCCACCAAUCAGCUGCUGGGAAAAUUGGAACUGCUUUUCCGACCCUUUCUCCGCUGGUUGGAUCGGAGCUUGGAGAGAUUGUUUACUGAAGGAGCUCGACAGUUAAAAAAAGACAUUGAUUUAGAGAAAGCCGGACUCCAGUUUAUUCCGUAUCAGGAGCUCAAGGUGACGGCGAGUGAAAACUCUGACGAUGCUGUGGGAGAUGGUGACGCCUGCAACAAAAAUGAAACCGUGGAAGGCGUCUGGUCAGAUAGGGAGGAGACUUCAGGGCAGGAGGAGUGUCCGGAUUGUGACGAGGGUCAGCAGGAAGAGGAGGCGAGUCAUCUGGUUGAGAACAUUAAGAUCAGUGAUCCUCGCAGGGGCACGGAGGUGAAGCUGCUGGGCCUGAGGCUGGGAGAGUACACGGCCACUGUAGUCGCGCAGCAGAUUACAGUUUGUCUGCAGUGUCACAGGUGUAAAGUGACUGCAGAUUUGACACUUUCCGGAAGGACGACGUGCGCAGCUCAGUGUGAAAAAUGCAACGCCAGCAUAAGUGCUGCAUUCAGGCCCUGCAUGCUCCACCAUUACAGCGACGUCCUGGGAUACUUGGACCUCCACAACGCUACGGCCGCUGACCUCAUACUUCAGGACUGUGACCUGAUCGUGGGAUGCCUUAGCUGUUCCCAGGAUGUCCCAGUGCAGCGUGUGUUCUACGGACAGACAAAGGAAUUUAACUGUGAACAGUGCCACAGCAAGCUCAGCAUUCUGGUUGAGAGCACGAGAUUCCAGUUUAUCCCGCCUCGCCCUUCUAACAAAUCAGGUUCAAGUUCUGUUAACUACAAAACAAUCAGAGAUCCAGCUGUGCAAAAAGGAAAACCGCUUCCAGAAAAAGGAACGUGCAAGCACUACAAACAGAGCCACCGCUGGCUGAGGUUUCCCUGCUGUGGUCGGGCUUAUCCCUGCGACGGCUGCCAUGACGAGAAUCAGGACCACCCCAUGGAGCUCGCCACCAGAAUGAUUUGUGGAUUCUGCGCCAAAGAGCAGCCGUACAACAAUGGAAAGCCAUGCGUCAGCUGUGGGAGCAUGAUGACCAGAGGCACUCGUACCAGCCACUGGGAGGGAGGGCUGGGGUGUAGAAACAAGGCCAAAAUGAGCAGAAACGACCGGCAGAAAUAUUCCAAUAGCAACAAAACGGUUUCAAGGAAGGCAGCUGGCGACAAGAAGUAACCAUGGUUUACUAAAGGCACACUGCAAACAGACUGCGAAGGCGUUGGAUCAAGGUUGAAACUCGCUUUACACGGAGAAUGCCGGCCAGAGCAUCACUUAAAGUCCCUCGGAAGAAGGAGCUCUGUUGUGAAUAAUUAUAAAGAAAUUCUGAUUAUCAUAAACCGAUUGAACCGUUAAACUAUGAAUCCUCUUUGGAUCUCUGUGUGAAUGUUAGGACAUCAUGCACAUUAAAUAAUUUAAUGAUCUA